GGACACUUUGUUACUGAUCGUGGACGGUGGAUGGUGGAUGGUGGAUGGUGGAUGGUGGAUGGCUCGUUAUGGCUCUGCACUGCGCUGCACGACGACCGUCUCUCCUCUCAACAUAUGGGCUCCACACCCACCAAAUCCUUACGAACCGACCAUUCUAUCGAUGGACAUGUCAAAUCGACAAAACUCGUCACGUUGUCACGUUUCCUGAUGGAAUUGGCGCUGCUGAAUCGGACAUCUGUGCUAUCGACUCCUGCGCCAUCGAAAUCGGUGCGAUCGACAUUCGUACGGUUGAUACUCGUACGAUCGACGCCAUGACCCCGAUGCUCGCGGGAUGGAUCCAUUCUGGACCGAUAUGCCGCUCGACUCCAUGUGAAUCUAUGUUGGCCCACCGGCUGCAUUUCGCUCCAUUCGCCGCCACUCCCCUGGUGAACGGCAAUUCGUUUUUGGCAACACAGGCAUGUUCUCGGGCAAAGACAGCGAAAACGGAAAGAUUGAAAUCUCGUCGCCAUACAACCCUGUGCAUCUGACGCAUGUCGGCUACAACCAGGACACAGGCGAAUUCACGGGCUUGCCCAAAGAGUGGCAAACGCUGCUGCAAGAGGCCGGUAUCACAAAAGAGCAGCAGCAGAAGAACCCACAGGCUGUGCUCGACAUUAUCGGGUUCUAUUCCGAAGCGAUCAACGGCGGCCAGGACGUCAAGGACGAUGUCUGGUCCAAGCUUAAAAACACAUUCCCGGCAGCGACGCCGCCAACUUCGAGUCUUCCGAGUGACAAGCCUCCCAAACUGCCGGCCAAGGAUGUGGCUGCUGUGGCCGCCGUGACCUCGGUAGCGACAACGGCCACGACAGUGGAGGUCAAAAAGAGACCGCCUGUGCCAGUCCGGCCUGAGCACACAAAGUCCAUCUACACCAAGCCCAAGGAGGAUGGCACUCCAGAGCCCAGCACCGUGGCGGCACGGGCACUGCAGUUCGAGCAAGGCCCGCAAGCCGCCCAGGCACCGUCGACACCGGCAUCGCCCCCGCGGCCACCCAAGCCGCUGCCCAACAAACCCGCAACACCUGCGGCUGUCGGUGACGCUCCACCACCGGUAUCCAAGGACGCUCCCACCGACAGUGGCGAGGCGCUCGCUCGUCCGCGCCAGCAAGCCAAGCCUGCCAACGAUGCCGAAGUGGUGGAGCGGCUGAGAGCAGUGUGCAACAAGGCCGACCCGACCAAGCUGUACAAAAAUCUGGUCAAGAUCGGCCAAGGCGCUUCUGGCGGCGUCUUUACGGCAACACAGAUCGCCACGGGCCGCCUAGUAGCCAUCAAGCAGAUGAAUUUGGAGCAGCAGCCCAAGAAGGAUCUCAUCAUCAACGAGAUCCUGGUGAUGAAGGAGUCUGUUCACAAGAACAUUGUCAACUUUAUCGACAGCUUCCUCUUCAAGGGCGAUCUAUGGGUUGUUAUGGAGUACAUGGAAGGCGGACCCCUGACGGACUGUGUGACGUACAACUAUAUGACCGAAGGCCAAAUAGCGGCGAUUUGCAAGGAGACUCUGGAGGGACUGGCACACUUGCACUCCAAGGGCGUGAUUCACCGCGAUAUCAAGAGUGACAAUUUGCUCCUGGGCAUGGGCGGAGAAAUCAAGCUGACCGACUUUGGCUUCUGCGCUCAGCUCAGCGAAACGCAGGCCAAGCGCACCACGAUGGUCGGAACACCGUACUGGAUGGCCCCCGAGGUGGUGACCCGCAAGGAAUACGGCCCCAAGGUCGAUGUCUGGUCUCUGGGCAUCAUGGCAAUCGAGAUGAUCGAGGGCGAGCCGCCUUACCUCAACGAGAACCCGCUGCGGGCGCUGUACCUGAUUGCGACCAACGGCACGCCUCAGCUCCAGAACCCCGAGGCGCUCUCGCCCGUAUUCCGUGACUUUUUGAAAGUCAGUCUGGAAGUCGAUGCCGAGAAGCGACCCAGCAGCAGCGACCUACUCAAGCAUCCGUUCCUCCAGAAGGCAGAUCCGCUAAAGAACCUGGUUCCGCUUAUCCGCGCUGCAAAGGAGCAGCAGAAAAACCAGCGCUGAGUCGGCGCCAAAUCAUCGCUCUUGUCGGUUUACCCGCAGCCUGCGCCUGCGCCCGACAGCCUUUCUUUGCUUGUGGCCGACCCACACCCGAAUCCGUCUCCGAACCCGUCUCCGAACCCGUCUCCGUAUCCGAUCCUUCCCAUUCCGUCACCCAUCGCCAUUGCUCAUGUCCACGCUCGCAUUCGACAUUCCAGUCCACCAUCCAGCCCUCCACCUCCCUCCCCUCCACCUCUCCUCGCAAACUCAUGAAGUUACUCAGUUCGCAAAAUGUUGGGGAAGAGAGAGAGCACUCUGCGUUUGUCGCUACUAUUUUUGAAUGGAAUACAUAACCAUCAUCCACAA